ACUGGAUGCAGUAUGUCACCUUACUUCACGUCAUUUUCCGGAGGUGAAAAAACAAUCCAGCCUGGAAGUGGGCUGAGUUAGCAGUUCGCUUGCAGCUCCGCUCCGCUUGAAGUCCGCAGUGUUCUGGACAAUUUCUUUACACGCGACAAACAUGAGGGCACACUAAGAGGGAUAGGACGGCGCCGCAGUGUUUGUUGUGGGAUGUAGCUAGCUUGCUCGUUGGUCUGAAAAAAGCGCUGAGCUGAAUGUAGCGGGAUACUCCCCCGCGGGGCAGUGAAUGUUCUCACUGUCUCUACGACUACGGUUUGACUGCUACGUACAGCUGAAAGAGGAAAACUUUCCCGAUCUGACGCAGAAACAAACAUGCCGCCAACCCAGGCUGAGUUUCUGUCGGGAUCUCUCCUAUUCCUGCUCCUCGUCUCCUGGUCUUCACAGUUCUCGUUGUCUCCAGAAGAGGCUAACCAGUUCUUGAAGAGACAGAAGCGAGCGUACCAAGUUUUUGAAGAAACAAAGCAAGGGCAUUUGGAGCGCGAGUGUGUCGAGGAGAUAUGCAGCAAAGAAGAAGCUCGGGAAGUGUUCGAGAACGACCCCGAAACGGAGUACUUCUACCCAAAGUAUUUAGUGUGUCUGGAGAAGUUUGGAGAUGCCGAGAAGAAGAGACAGGACCUAAUCACGUGUGUCCACAACAUUCCGGACCAGUGCUCCUCCUCGCCCUGCAACCCCAGAGGGAUGGUGCGCUGUGAGGACAAGAAGGGGGACUUCAUGUGCCACUGCUUCACAGGCUGGACUGGCACCAGGUGUGAGAAAGAUAUCAACGAGUGUAACAAAAAGAAUGGCGGUUGUGACCACGAGUGCAACAACACAAUGGGAAGCUACCGGUGUUCCUGUUGGCCUGGUUACCAGUUACUCGACCGGCACGUGUGCAUUGAUGUGGACGAGUGUCGGGAUAUCCCAGGGGUGUGUGGGACAGCACGCUGUGAGAAUCUCCUGGGGUCAUACCAGUGUCUGUGUGAGGAGGGCUAUGUGUAUGACAACGUGACCAAGUCCUGCCUUGACGUGGAUGAGUGUGAGGCACGGGUGUGUGCAGAGGAGUGUGUGAACACUCCCGGGAGUUUCCGCUGCUUCUGCGACGGGAGACGAGGCAUGAAGCUGGCGCCAGACAUGAGGCAGUGUGAGCCUAUAGCGCUCCCCACGCCUCCCAGCAUGAGAAGGAACUCCCGAUCCCUCUACCUGGGCCGCAUGUUCAGCGGCGUUCCUGUGGUCCGACUGCGCUUCCGCAGAAAAGUCCAAACCGGUUUCACCGCAGAGUUUGAGCUCAGGACCUUUGACCCGGAAGGGGUCAUAUUCUUUGCCGGGGGCCACCUGAACAGCUCUUGGAUCGUUCUGGCAGUGCAUCACGGGAAGCUGGAGCUGCAGCUGAAGUACGGGCCAGUGAGCCGGGUGACCAGCAGCGGACCGGAAGUCAACGAUGGACAGUGGCACAGGAUCUCAGUGGAGGAACAGGGGCGGAGCCUUGUCAUUAAGAUUGACAGGGAGGCGGUGAUGAAAAUUGCAGUGAAUGGGGACCUCUUCACUCUGAAGAAGGGGAUGCAUGAGCUCAACCUAACCGUGGGUGGGGUCCCCUUCAGGGAGGGGGGGCUUCUCAGCCAGGUGAACCCUCGUCUGGACGGCUGCUUGCGUGAGUGGCGCUGGCUCACUGGUGAGGACACCUCCAUCCAGGAGACCAUCCGAUCCAACGAGAAGAUGCAGUGCUUCUCCAGCGAGGCGCGUGGCUCCUUCUACCCCGGCAGCGGAUUUGCCCUCUUCAAGCUCAGCCACAGUGAUUCUCAGGUGAUCAGUCUUCAGCUGAGCUUGCGUCCCGUCUCCAGUCUCGGGGUAUUAUUUGCCCUUGUCUGUCAGGAUAGCGUCCCUCUGUCUGUCUCCCUUUCCGACUACCAUCCUGGGAGGAAAUUGCAGCAAGAGUAUGUCCUAGUGUCAAUGGGUGAUGAGGUGGUGGCCAGCAUCCCAACCUCCCUGUGUGACUCAGAGACACAUCUGGUGAAUGUGACAAUCAUAGGAAACCUGACCCUGUUGGAGGUGGAUGGGCAAACAGGCCAAAGCGAGCUGGGUCAAAACUAUGCUGUCCCAGACCUGUUAUCCCCAGCCAGCACCUUCCUCGGAGGCCUACCAGAUGUGCCCCUGGUGUCCACCCCGGUUUCCGCGUUCUACAUGGGCUGCAUGGAGGUUACUCUCAAUGGCCAGCUGCUGGACCUGGAUGAGGCAUUCUACAAGCACAAUGACAUCCGAUCGAAGUCCUGCCCUCUGGUGGGCCCGGUCCAGUAACAUCCACUCCAUCAAAUCAUGUCUCCGAAAUCAAAACGUAAACCCUGCUGUUCUCUCCCAAAUCCCCAAAGCACUCAACUCCAUUCAGGCCCUCCUCCCCUCAGACUCCUGUGUCCUAACCCCACCCCCCUGCCCCUCACCCCCUCCCCCUCACUGAGGUAUGUAUUUACAUCAGGUACAGGACAACACGCUCUUAUGCUGAGGUACAUGGGUGUAUGUAUUUAUGUUAGAGAAACAGAGCACUGUGCAGUUUCACACAAGCUACUGAGAGGAGUCUGCUGUAAUAUACUGUAAAUGUAAAUACUUGACUAUUCAGUGCUUUUUAGCAAACCUUACCUUUUGAGUUAUCCUGGCCACUUCUAGCAUUAAACAUUGAAAAGUACAGUAUUCCACACUAACCAAAACUGCAGUAUUCCACGCUA